AUGAUGAUCAUUAAUCUAUUUCUAUUGUAUUAUUUGAUACAAACAACUCUAUCAGAUGUUAAUUAUAAUAUUACCAGUGAACUACUCAAAAUUUUCGAUGAUCAAAAUGCUCGUUUUGGUCCAGCGUUGCCCGCUGCAGGAUUGAAGGGCUAUAUAACAACGACGAAUCCACCGAACGGUUGUCAUAAAAUGGAUCCACCACCAUUUGGUAUUCAUAAAGAUGGAUACCAUUGGAUUGCACUUAUUCCUCGCACAAGUGGUACAGAUUCUUGUGAAUUUGUUGUGAAAGUCGAAAAUGCUCAACAAGCGAAUUUUAGUGCGGUGAUUAUAUAUAAUUAUGAAGACACCUUACUACCAAUGGGAUCAUCAUCAAAAGAUGUUCAUAUUCCAUCAACAAUGAUUACACAUACUGAUGGCUUGUUCCUGAUUUCGCAUUACUUGUAUAAUAAAACAACAGUGAAUGCUACUCCAAUGUAUUAUGUCAAAUUAAUUCCUGAACCACCAUUUAAACUUGGAGUCUACAUGAUACCAUUUAUUGUUGUUAUAGCUGUUUCAUUUCUUGGUCUCGUUGGUUUUAUUUUGGUGAAAUGCCAUUUGGAACGACGUCGAACGCGUCGUCAUCGUUUGCCACGAUCAGCCCUCAAACAGUUGAAAGUGAAAAAGUUUGUGAAAACUGACCCGUGGGAGGUGUGCAUUAUUUGUUUGGAUGAAUUUGAAGAAGGAACGAAGCUACGUAUUCUACCUUGCGAUCAUGCAUAUCAUAUGAAAUGUAUCGAUCGUUGGCUCAUUGACCAUCGACGACAAUGUCCAGUGUGUAAACGCUAUGUCUUUCCUAAUCAUGAUCAUUCUGAUGAUGAAGAAAACGGUGAUCGUCCACAACAAAGAGCAUCUACAGAACACACACCGUUGAUAAGUUCAAGUACCACCGAUACCAUUAAUACUCCAUCAAAUCUUCAUUAUUUGCCUCACGUUCGUCGCAUGCUCAAUCCGCUACAGAAUGAUGUUCGCAGGAUUUCAAAUGUAUCAAGCAAUUCAUCAGGUAGUAUCGAAAAUCUGUCUUCGUCGUCGCGACAAACUGCGACAACCACAGAAAUCAUAUUCAAUCAACCAUCAAUCAAUUCUCGACACUAUGGUAGCAUUGAUGAGUCGUCAAGAACGGCACAACGUCGUGCUCAUCGUUACUUUGAUACAUUCAAUGAAACAACGAACGAUAUUACGACAUCGAUGCGUUCAAUCGUCGACCAGACCAAUGGUAUCGAAACAACUGAUGAAGAAGAUGACCAAAUGCAUUCAGUUAUCACAAGUUCGGAAGAUAAUCCAUCUUACGUUCCUACUGACGAAGAAUCGGCUAGAGACACGACUAACAUACAUUUGUAA